GUGGAUGAGGCUAUAGUGUAUAAAGUUCAAGUUUCUAAGCUUGCUGCAGCAGGUGCUGAGGUGCCUGUUCCUCCAUCUGAGCAUACUAAGCUUCCUGAGCUGCUUGAUGCUCUAGAUGACUUUGUUCUAACUAUGGCUCAAGAUCUUCAUGAGUUGCCUGAGCCCAUCACUGAUCCGAAUGCAAGGGUUUAG